CUUUACCUCAUACAUGUCUGCUACUCAGGAGAAGUGUUUAAAUGUGGGGAAAUGGAUACCAACUGGCUGGUACAACCUCUUUGUCAGACAAUGGACUAGGUGGGGAGGGGGGCCUGCAAAUAUUUUAUCUUGGUCGAGAUUUUCUUGACUCCAAGCCGGUUCGGGAACAGGAAAUAGUUGGUACCCGUCUUUUACCCUUUGUGUUCCUGAUUUUGUUGCGAAGCCUGUACCAGGCAGGGCGUUGUUACGGAGAAAUGGUUUUGCUGAGGACUUCUAUGACCUACAUGUAGUUGAAGACCAUUUGCCAACUGAGCUACCAACAGGAUACCGAAGGACAACAACCACUGACAUCUAGAGGUAGUGAUCCAGACUGCUUCAGAAGUGUUUCCAUAAUAAACCUCCCAGGACCCAUGUCUACUGUUCAGUUCUACAUGUGUAGGUUUGGUGCCUAGCGUUGCUGACAGGUGAACAGAAGAUGUCAUCUCCAGUCAGCAAACCUGACAAGUUCAGGUAUGUCUGUGACGAGUGCCAGUUGGCGUGCAUCUCCGAGUACCACCUCAACAAGCACAAGAGUUCACACUACGACUGGAAGCAGUGCUACGAGUGUAACCUCUGUGACUACUCCACCCUCUCCCUCAACCAGAUCAAGAUACAUGCCCUGAAACAUGUCAAGUCGGAGCAACACACCAGUGAGGGGGAUGCCGACACGUCAGUGACUUGCAAUGGCAUACCGGAGGCAGGAGAUGGGAAUAACAGCACGAUGCCACCACAGGCUGGUCAGGACAUGCACAGUAAUACAAGUGCUGGCCACACUCAGACUGCUGUAGGUGUUACACCACUGAUUGAUGGAGGAGUCACAAAUUCUAACACACCAUGUCUACCAAAUGGAGCAAAAGGAGAAAGCAGCAGACAUGUAAAUAUGGAUGGUUGUGGUUCAGAUGUAGAGAUCCUGUCUGUGAAAGGAAGUGAAGCAGAUCCUGCAAUCCCAGUGAUUGUCUUAGAGUCUGACACAGAGGAAGAGUCCAGAGCACUGCCAGAACAUGCUACAGAUUUUGGUCAAACAAAUGGAGAGAACCCCAUGUCAGAUGUUGUCAAAAGUGCAGGCAGAAGUGACAAAAGUGCAGGCAGAAAUGACAAAAGUACAGGCAGAAGUGAGAUGACUGAAAAUGAUGAGCAGGUGCCAAAGGAUCAAGCAAAGAAACCACCAGAAGGAACUAGUGACACAGUGUUCAGCUGCUCCAAUUGCUCCUUUGCCACCCCAGAACUAAAUCUUCUGUUGAAGCACCGGGAAACGCACUUGAACAACAAAUGCUACAGAUGUGACAAGUGUAGUUUCAUUACAGUUCAAGAAAGUUACUUACUUAUCCACCAACAGAAACAACAUGCAGCUGUGGGCAGCAGUAAACACCAGUGUGAACACUGCCCCUUUUCAACAAAGGACCCAGAAGCAAUGAAGAAACAUAAAAAGUUUCAUGGUUCAAAUCUGUCACUGAAGUGCCCCUUGUGUACGUUUGCCUGCUCAUCACAUUUACAGCUUAGUCUGCACCUCAAGCUGCAUGUGAAGAUUGAGACUUUGCCUGUAGUCUCGUCAAACUGCCACACUGUUGAUUCUACCAACGGUAGAGUAGCAGACAGUAGCAUUGGAAACUCAAGUGAGGACAAUAGAGAGUCAUCCAUCACAAGCAAUAGUCAGCUGGCAGAUGGCUGUGUCACUUCACCUGAAGUUAGUGGCCUGGCACAGGCUAAAGACAAAAGUACCUCGUCAACGCAAAGCCAGUCGCCAGAGAGAAAUUUUGUUUGUGAAGAAUGUGGGUUCAGUACGUAUCGAAGGGAGACCUUGCGAACCCAUAUCAGAAUUCACAGUGGCGAGAAACCAUAUGCCUGCAGUUUCUGUCCCUACAAGGCUAGACAGAAGCCAAACCUAAACACACACAUGCAGUUUCACACAAUCAGAGCCAAGUUCACCUGCAAAUACUGCUCAUAUUCCACCAGCAAUAAGGCAAGCACACGUUUACAUGAAACCUUGCACGAAGGCCUGAAAUAUGAAAAUAAGAAUGUGGGUACUCCAAAAAAAGAAGAUUGUGCUGUGCACUCUAAAAGCCCAGAGAAGAGCCCUCGCAGCAAGGUUACGAGGGAUAGAAGAGGGCUGUUUCGGUGCAAGUACUGCCCAUUUCACACAAGGCAUUCCACCAGCAUUCAGCGACAUCUCAAGAUCCACGAGGGAAGUAAACCUUUCAAGUGUAAACGCUGCUCCUACAGUGCCAUCACCCUCUUCCAGAUCCAGGGGCAUGAAAAGCAUCAUGACGAGACACUUCCCUUUAAGUGCAGGUGGUGCCACUACUUCGCUGAAACCCAGGCCGGUGUUGGCAUCCAUGAGCAACGUGUGCAUGAGGAGUAUCUGCAGGUGACCCCAAAGAAACAGACCCCAAAGAAGAAUGUACCUUUGGAUCUUUCAAUGAAAAAGCAGUCUCCUGAACAGAUUACCCCAGAAAAAAGCAUCUCCGUGAACUCAUCUGACAUGGAAGAAAGUCCUGUCAAGAAGGAGACCCAGAGGAGGACGGAGGAAGUUGUGGAAGAGUUUGAUGAGCAUGGCAGGGUCAGGUACAAGUGCAAAAGCUGCUCUUUCACGACUGCUUGGAGGGAGAACUACUAUCGACAUUGUAGGAUCCAUACGGGAGAGAAGCCAUUUCACUGCAGACAUUGCCCGUACCAGGCUAGGGGAAACAUGGCAUGGUACAGGCACAUGAAGCAUCACACUGCCAACUAUCCUUUCAAGUGUCCACUGUGUACCUACACAAGCCUCAGUCAGGCAGCACUCACUUCUCAUCAAAAUAAGGUUCAUGACUGUAAUAUUGAUAACAAGAAACAGAAAGGUGCUGGAAGCAAGGGCUCAGGACAGCCAUUGAAGGUGUCUGGGAGGCUACAGUGUCCGUUGUGUCAGUUCACCACUGCCAGUGAGACACUCUUAAAGCUGCACAAGGCCAAGCACAUGUCCUCACAGUUAGGAAAGACUUACAAGUGUAAAGACUGCAAGUACACCACUCAUCACCUGCCUAGUCUUCAGAAGCAUGCUGCUAUCCACACCUCAGGAAAGUCCUACCAGUGUAGGUACUGCCCAUAUGUAACCAUGUACAAGGCACACUUAGAGAGACACGAGGACCACCAUACCACCCCAUCUAAGUUUACUUGUGAACAGUGUACAUAUUCAGCUGGGAAUCUGCUUGGUUUGUCGGAGCACCUCAAGUGGCAUGGGGAACCACAGCAAGUUAAAACUGUGUCUGAGGACUGGCAGAACGAUGAAGGAGCAGACAUUGACAUGGAAGAAGCAAACUUCCUGGAAGAGGAAGAAUAUGCUGAGAAGAUGGAGUAUCCAGAAGCCAGUUUGACUUUAAGGCAUUCUAAUGAGAAUGACCAGGAUCCCACGAGUAGGGGUAGUCCAGGAAGGAUGUACGAGUGUCACAGCUGUGAUUACCGUUCGAAGGACUUGUGUGCCCUGAAGAGGCACUUACGCACACAUACAGGAGAGAGGCCUUUCCAAUGCCAACACUGUCCCUACAGUGCCAGACAAGUCACCAACAUGAACCGGCACACCUACCAGCAUUUUGCAAAACUUCCCCACAAAUGCCCACAUUGCACUUACUCUGUCCGAAACACAUCAGCUCUUGCCAAGCAUAUUAAAUGGCAUUCACCUAACAUGGAUGAAAGUCUGGCCCCAAGAGUUGAUGUGAAAGGAGCCAGCCCUGUUCUGUCUAGUAGCCAUAACUCGCCAAAGGUGAAAAUUGAAGGGAAACCAUCCAGAAGAAGGAGGAGCAACCGCAUUCACCAGUGCAAAUGGUGUCCCUACACCACAUCAUACCUCCACAACCUGCAUCGGCACAAAACCCAUCAUGGAGCUGGCUUCCUGCACAAGUGUGAUCUCUGCAACUACUCAGCAAGGAACGUCACUGGCAUCCAGAAGCACACGGAGCUCCACCAGGCAAAAGCUAACAGCCCCUCCACCUCAGCACAGCAGCUCACCAACCAGAGCAGCAAUGGAGAGGAACAAGGAGACAUCCGAAAUCGUGCUUUUAGUUGCCAGUAUUGCCCGUACAAGACCAACCUCGGUUCAAACUUGAAACGGCACGUUAAAUAUCACUUUGAAGACUUGCCAGAAAAGUGCAGCCAGUGCUCCUACACAACAACCAGCGUCUCACAUCUGACGGCACACCAAAACCUUCAUGCCAAGAAUCCAAACUGGACAGCAGGAGCGAGCGUCCAGGCAUCCAACAACAGUGAGGAUGUCAACCCUAACGCUCAACAACAGUCAAACUUGGAGUGUGGUACGUGUGGAUACAUCACCACCAGUGAAGAAAGGCUGACAAAGCACAUGAUCACUCACACAAGUCGCAGAUCUCACUCAUGUGACUUAUGCCCAUACAGGACCCGCCAGUCCAGGACGCUAUGGAAGCACAAGAAACACCACACGGUGCAGCAUACUUUGAAGUGCAGUUACUGCUCCUACAGCUCCGACUUUCCCCGAGCUAUCACCAACCAUGAGAGGUUGCAUAUGAAAGUGGAGACAGACGACACGGCCAGACAGCCCGGCUCCUGGGAAGCCCUGACCUGUGACUUGUGUCCAUUCCGUAGCCUUACUCCCAGUGGCCUUAUGAAGCACAGGACACAUCACACAGCAAACCUGGCCUUUAAGUGCAAGUCCUGCACAUACUCUGCCUCCUCGCCACGAAUUAUCUCCUACCACCAAAAGGUGCACCUGGAGAAUGUGGAAAAGCCGUAUGAGUGUGACAUGUGCCCCUUCAGGUCAGCCUUCCACAAGUGUCUUCUGAAGCACAUGCAGCAUCACAGUGCCAACCUUUCCCUGAAGUGCAAGUACUGUACCUACACCUCAUCAUGUAACAGGGCGAUCACUCUACAUGAGAAAGUCCAUGAGGUAGGCCCAGACAAGGCUUUACCAUCUAGCAGUCUUGGCAACAGGCUUUGUGGGACCUGUGGCUAUAUUGCUUGCAGUCGAGCACGGCUGGUGAAGCACAUCCGGAAGCAUACAGGUGAGAAACCUUUCACCUGUGCCCAUUGCCCAUUCAAGACAAGCCUGGAAGAUACCUUAACCAAACACAACAGGCAUCAUGAAGGCAAUGGUGCGGUGAAAUGCAGAUACUGUAGCUAUAGUUCAGAUAUCAUCAGGGUGGUCACAAACCAUGAAAAACUGCACGAAGAACAGACCAAUGACACUCAGCAAUCAACUACGCCACUCAAGACUGAGCCCAGCUCCUCCAGUAGUGUGGAAGAGACGAAGGAAGCCAAGCCGGAAAACAUGUACUCAUGUCAGAUGGACUACAAUUGUGAACUGUGUAGUUACACUGCUCACUGCAAGAAGCGCAUGGAUGAACACAUGUGUACCCACACAGGCUUUAAACCCUACGGCUGCGACAUCUGUCCGUACAGGACGCCUUUGAAGGAAACUCUCCUGAGGCACAAAAAGCAUCACACCGAGGACUUCCCCUUCAAGUGUAGGUUCUGUUCAUACUCAGCAAAACGAGACUUUCAUGCUAAAGAACACGAGAAAGUCCACAGCAUGAAGCAGCCUAAAUACAAGGUAAUAAUUACCCCCACAGGUAGCCGCACUCAUUUAGCUGAAACUGUGAGGAAACGUUAUGAGUGCCAAGAGUGUGAUUACACUUCAGAAGACAAGAGCAGACUUGUCAAGCAUCAGAGGACCCACACGGGGGAGAAGCCUUAUUCCUGCAAGUUUUGCCCCUAUAAAACAGGGUUGAAUGAAAGCCUGUGGAAACACAUGAAACACCACAAUAUUAAAGCUCCAAUGCAAUGUGAGAAGUGCAGUUACUCAACUACCACAAUGCAGUCAUUGAUACUUCACAACAAGUUACAUGAUGAAGAUGCCACCACAGAGGUUAGCCAUGCUGUUUCAGAUGAUAGAGACCCCAGUGCCACAGACUUCCAGUGCAACAUUUGUGGCUAUAUGACUCUCGAAAGGAGUAAACUCGACAAGCAUCUUCAGUUGCACUCUUCAGAAAAGGCCUUCUCCUGCCCAUCAUGUCCCUACAGGUCUUCCUCAAAGGAAAAUGUGAAGAGGCACCAGAAGCACCACAGGAGUAAGUUCCCGUUCCGCUGUAAAUUCUGCUCGUACAGUGCCAACAAUAGCUCAGUCGUGAGAACACACGAGAAGCUCCACCAGGGUCAGUCAUAUCCUUGCCACAAGAAAAUGCCGUCAAUCCACUUCCAGUGCUUGACGUGUGGGCUUCAACACGCCAGCCAAUCAGACCUGGAUGACCACAGGAGGGAAGAUCAUCCAUCUGAAAAAUGUUUCCAGUGUCCCGAGUGUCCUUUUGUAAGCCAGUGGGAAAAGGCACUCAAGAAGCAUCGCUACAGUCAUAUUGCCAACUUCCCCAACAAGUGUAGGUUGUGCUCGUUCACCUCCCCAAAAAAGUAUGUGAUUAGGGCCCAUGAGCAGACCCACAAAAAUGCCCCACACCCAACGCUUAUGGAAGAACAGAAGAUGAAGAAGUUAACUGACCGAGAAUGUCGAAAGAUUUAUACUUGUAGCCUGUGUCCAUUCAGGGCAAGGCAGCAGAGGGAGUUUCAGCACCAUCUGUCUGGUCAUGAUGCCGCGCACCCCUACAGGUGUCCACACUGCAGCUUCUCUGCCAAGGAAAAGAGGGGUCUGUCCAGCCACCUCCGUGUGCAUGACAGGCAGAAACAGCGCAUCCUGAAAUGUGGUACUUGUGGCUUUUCAACUGCCAUAGCCAGCCUGAUGAAACUACAUGAAGUCAAGCACAAGCUCCACCCCAAAGACGGAAGGAUGCUGAGCUCCCUUCGGAUGACAGACAAGCAGAAGAGGCUUCAUUACUGCGAACACUGCAGUUUCAGCACGCAUCACCACAGGGCGUAUAAAAUCCAUCUCAUGCACCAUGGAGCCAAACUGCCCUUCAAGUGCACCCAUUGCACUUUUGCGUGCCAACUCCAGCGCCAUCUGACCAGACACAUCAACAACCAGCACAGAAGUAACGAAGAGGAUGUGGUACUUGGGCCACUCAAUAGACCAAAAUAUAAGGCCUCUGACAAAACAUCAACGACAAAGGCAGACAGGACUUACCAACACAAAGAGCCAUCUAGUGUGCUGUACAAGUGUCCGAGCUGCAAAUUUUCCACCAAGAAGAAGUACCUGUGGCUAAUCCACAAGGGAAGACACUCGGAAGAUAAGAUAUUCCGCUGUGAUGAGUGUGACUUCACCACCAAGUGUGCUGGAUCAAUUCUACCUCAUAUUCAGUGGAGACAUAUGGGCCAGUGGCCACGGUACCUUCAAUGUAAGGAGUGCCCAUAUGAGACCUCUGACACCAGGUGCCUGAAUAAUCACAUGAAACACCACACAGAGAACUAUGCUAUAAAGUGUACCAGGUGUUCGUAUUCUACUGACUUGCAGCACCUUUUGGAGAAGCACUUCAAAGUCCACAGUGCCAAGCACAAGUCCAAAGUACCUCGUGCGAGUCAGCGUGGGUUCACGACUCACGCAGAGUCACUUCCGCAGUCAGAACUGUACGGGGAGGAAGAAUCCAUGGAUUCCAGAAGUACAGAUCCUGCUACAGACGACGUGGCAGUCAGCGGUCGUCCCCAGAAAAUUGCCCCGCGACAGUGUAACUUCUGCGGUCGUAGGUUCUUCAGGAAGGCAGAAUGGAAGCGUCAUACCAAGAGGCACAAACAGGCUCCGACCGGUCCGCAGGCUCAUGUAGUUGCCCACGGUGACCCAGUGACAGGCAUGCUGGUGUACACCUUUGUGUGCUGGUUCUGUGGGCGGAGGUUUAACGGCCAGGAGGAGUGGUACAGGCACAUGCAGCAUCACAGGUUCUGAAGACAAUACUGAUGAAUAGCCCUGCUGCCUUACCCUGCAAACAAUACAAAUCACAUAACAAAAGCUUAGCUUAACAGAACAGCUGUUAAACAGGAAGUUAGAGUAAUUAGGACUACUUUUUAAUUUUUUGCUACAAAACCAUGCAGACUUGGAUACCAAAUUAAGAGAGGUGCAUACAACUACUGUACUGUGAAAGAGACUGUGCUGCUCAUGUCAUAUACAUGUACUUGACUACAGUAAGGAUGUCUAGUGCCCAGAAUUCUACAUUCUUGUAGCUGUAAGUAUAUAAGUACUGUUUGGAAGAUUUGGAAGAUGUAACUUGUCAAGCAUGACUGUG